AUGCCCUAUGCCCAUGAUUUGUUGUUCUCCGGUGGACUGUGCUUCGCUGUGCCUCUGUCAGGCAUGGAAGCAACCCUUGGCUCUCAUCUCAUUGCCGUUCAACAUGUCUAUGGUUCGUUCGGGAUUCCACUGCGCCACUCUGUUGCAGUUGCUGACAGACAUGAAGUGUCCUUAUAUACGGAAUGGGAAGAUCCUUUCCCGUCCGAACAUCGGCUGGAGGGUCACGGGUGGUAUUGGACCGGCACCGAGUCGGGAAGCAAGGUGUCGAGUCCGUCAGCUUAUGUUUGGGUACAGUUCAGGAGCAAGCUGGAACUUCGACUGGGAAGGGGAAGCGAGGGAGCCGAUAAGCCAGUGAGCCAACCAUUUCCAGUACGAGAGCAGUGGCAGGAAUAUUGGAAGCCAAAAGAUCCAGAGGAUAACACAUGGUCCCGGGUACAUACAAACAAGGCGGACAGUCAUAUGUACAACCAACAACGGGUGUAUCAAGGGGUCCCUUGCUUAUUGACAUGUUGGUGUAUUCCUGUCGAGGGCAAACUCUACGGUGCAACUUGUGUUCUCAGAACAUUGUGUAUUCAUGGAGAGCGGACUGAUGUCAUCACCGAAGUGGCCGCACUGGAAGCCGGGAUGGAAGCUGGAGUCGAGGUGGAAAACGGACGGAAGCCGUUUCUCAGGAAAAGACGAGGGGAAGUACUACUACCAUGGCGCGCGGAGGGGGUUCCAGGAAAUGAUCUCCAGGCUACUUUCAAGUUGCAACUGUAA